GAACCAAAGUGCCGGAGGUCUUGUUUCCUAGCCGGCAGGUUCUUCUCCUGUCUCCAUUGGCUGAGUCGUUGCUAUGGUGGUGCGGCGGCGGGUCUGGCGCGAUCGCGAUGGAGGAAGAAGAGACGAGAGAUUACAACGAACCCUGUGCCCAGUGUUCAGAAGUCAACUGGGGGCUUACAGAUGAAAGUAAAUUUUACUGUAGAUCCUGUCACAAUGUUAUUGAUAGGAGACGGCUGAAGUUGUGUAUUGCGCAGAAACUAUUUCAAAUGCCAGAACAUUCCAUCUCCAGAGGAUUAAAAAAGAAAGCCAAAUUUGAGAAAGGUUGGGAAUGGUACGUCUGCGAAGGAUUCCAGAGCAUACUCCUGAAGCAAGCUGAAGCUCUGCAGUCUUUAGGCGUUUCUUCAGGGAUAAAAGAUGAUAUUCUGUGGAAUUUCUGGAAAAUUUACCUUCAGAAGACCGAGCAACCAAAUCGCGACAAAUUCCUCAGUGACGCUACCAGUGACAGUUUACCUCAAUCAUCUGACACUGAUAGUGAAGUGAACAUUAGACUUCUUGGCUUGCUUUCAUCUGAACAUGUCGCUUGUGUAACAGACAACAGUGACAUGUGGGUCAAAGGGCCCACCGAAAUACAGGUUGAGAUGCUGGUAGUGAAUGGUCACAUUCCUUACUUGAAUGCACAUAAAGAUUUCCCAGAGGAGAUGAAGGUUUAUGGGACUGACUUGAAGAUUUUCCAUGUAGAGUCUUGGCCUGUUUACGAAGAUGUUCAUAAAAAAGUGAAGUCCCUUGCAACGUACUUGGAGCUACCUCGUUUUCCAGAUAUAACAGAGGACAGCUUCUUUCAUCCAAACAUUCUCAGUAUGAAGUAUUUAAUGGAAGCCAACUUGCCUGAUGACAUGCACAAGUGGACUUCUACAGUGGUCAAAGAAGCUGGUAUUGGUGAAGCUGACUUUCUGACACUGCAGCCUGGGAAAAAAUCAGUCUGGAAAGUGAAAUACGAUGUUCUGGCAGUAGCUGUUGUCAUUGUGGUGCUGAAAAUUCUUUUCUUGCUGAAUGAUGAAUAUGAAUGGCAGCUGUCGGACUACGCUGAAAAGAGAAACAAAAAGAAACCAGAAGGACGUCCAAUUUUUGAUAUCCGAAAAUGGUACAUGGUUGUAAAGAAGGCUAUGGAUGUGGAGCAAAAGAAGCUGGAUGAAGAAAGAGUAAGGUUUUUAUGGAAAUCUGAACAGCCACUCUUCUACCAACCCACCAGAAAGUCUAUAGUGCUCAAGAAUAAGCGAAUGGCAAAAGCCCUUCAAAAACAGUUUCGGACAUUGUCUUGCACUGAGGAACAUACUGAGAAGAAAAAGCCUUCAAGUUUUCAGUUUCACUGGACAGAAGGAAACUCGGAAAGGCCUUGUUUUCAUGGGCACAGUCUAGAAGGAAUUUUGCAACAGGAGGGCCGUGUCCUUAUCACUCAGGACCCACAGUAUUGGUUGGGUACAGCGAAACUGUGCAAAGAAAAGGAAUGUGGUCACCUGGCACACUAUGAAGCAUCAGACUUUUCUCAUACCUACCAGUUUGUGUUAAGCCUGUUCUCCUUCAUCCUAAGGGUUCAGCCCUCUCUCAUCCAUGAGCAAGUGUGUGUUGUAGAACACACUCUCUUCCAUUCAGAGAUUCGUAAGAAACGCAGGAAUAUCCAAGAUAAAGAAGCAGAAAGGCUCGAAAAUCUUGAUCCAGAACAACAGCGUGAAGACCUUCAUGCAGCCAGUGAUACGGCUCAUGCAGUCGAUUCAGCGCCUCCAGAGAACCCCACUGAAAGUAGAGGACUGGAGAUUGACAUUCUCUCUGCAAAUAGUAUGUGUGAAUAAUUCAUCCUCAACAACUCUGCCCCCGAACCUGCAAGGCGAAAGGAAUUUGCUCCGGUUUACCUCUGGACCCUGCAUGCAGUGUUAUAUGGACACUAGCUCCCCCCAACCUGAAGAUCUACUAGCUCCGCUGUCUUCUAAUCAUAUUUACUCAUCCAGCACUACUAGCUCCACCAACAUUCCUCACUCUGAGAGUGCCCCUCCCUCCAUAUGUGGCAUUGACUCCCAUGGACAUGGAUUUCCUGGGCUAAGGAGCUUGAGGAAUUAGAAUCUUCCCAGCCCCCCUCUAUAGCUCCCACCCGACAUAUUGUUUCACCUGGAUCCCUUGAGGCUCCUUUGUCCUGUGAGGGGAAUCAUGAUGUUUCUCCCCAACUGAUUUCCAAAUCCUUGGAAGAGGAGCUCUUUACAGGGUUUCAGGACCUCCCGAGUUCAGAACAAAAAGCCGUCAUCGUUAAACUUGGCUCUACCACCUCCAUUCUUUCUGCAAAUAAUAUAUGUAAAUAAUUCAUAUACGUAGGAAAAUUGCAGAUACGAGAAAUCUUAAUACUACUUGUUACCGAAUUUUGUUUUUUCACACAUUGCCAAUGAUUUUUGUAAAGCUUUGAUAUAUCUGUGUGUAUUCUGAUUUUUUUUCAUUUAAAAGGUAGCCUUAUUUUUCAGCGUAAAAAGGAAUUCGUAAUAUGAUGGAAUUAAAACAUAUUUUUCCCGAACAGAAUUAUUAAGCUAUGACUUAGCUACUUCCUUAUGGCAACAGGUGCCAAAGAGACAGCUGGUCCUGGGGGGAAUGCUUUAAGUCAUUUGAGUUUUGUACUGCAGUAGGAGUGUCAUAGAACAAUACUGAAGAAGAGAAAUUCUUGCAUGCAUCUUCAUUGCUACUACAGCGACUGUUUUCACUUCUUUUGGAGUGUUAGUGUCUUUGAAGCCUUGAGCUCUUUUUUCUUCCCUGUAUCAAAUGACGAGGAGGGUGCUUCUGUCCGUACUAGCACUCCAGUAAGCAAAGUUUGACUCCUUCCUCCAAGGAAGAGCCGCUUAAAUUGCAGGAAAGCUCCUGAAGCUAGUGGAAGGAUGGAAUCAUGCCAAUACUUUGUCCUUGAGGUAAUUCAAGAAGUGCGAUCGAACUGCUAGACCUGCGUGGACUGCUUUAGAAUUCUUCCAUUUGCUUCUCUUAUGCUCCGUAAUGUGUAUUAAGAUUUCUUAUUGACAAUAU